UAACAUGUUAUGAAUACCUACCGCAAUAAUCUACCACAAAGGGGCUACAGAAACACCUCAACUAUAUUGCAUGCUAGCAGCUAGCUAAAGAAGCUUGUUCUCUGAGAUGUGGAAGUUCUUUGGUAAGAAGUUUGGGCGCCAUGGUGCCGAUCAUAGCAUCUCGGGCUCUGUGGCUGACCUGAGAGGAAAGUUCUUCUUGGAAAAGCACUGUGCUCAUGGGUUCCCGCUGGGCCCGUCCUGUAUGACCUUUGACCCCCACCGGAAGUGCCUAUUCAUAGGAACGUCCACCGGAGAGUUGCGAAUGCUCGGCCAGCCGGGGGUGGAGCUUACAGGAAUACAGGACGAUGUGUACAGAAUUCAACAAAUCCUGCCAUUUGCGUCUGAACCCUCCCUGAUCACAAUCUGUUCCAACAAUGUCAUGCACAAGUGGAGUCUGAUCGAUGGAGAUGGCAACUCUCGUCUUGUCCUCAAGAGAACGUACAAGUUCCAGGGAGGACUUGCCAAGACCAUCACCACCUGCUGUCUGCCCCCCUACUGUGACUGCUUGUUUGUGGGCACCCUGGGGGGUAUUACGUAUCCCAUGGACACAGAGUUCGAUGGCAUGUCCCCGGAAGUCCUCUCCUGGUCCAGAGCACGAGCAUACCUCAAGUACAGAGGGAAGGAUGUACCCGGUAGUGUGAAAACACUGGACAUCAGCCCUGCCAACCCCAAACAGCUGCUGAUAGGCUACGAGCACAACUACCUCGAGCUAUGGGACGCCCUCACUUGGAAGCCUAUCGCAAUCUACGGCCCCAUCAAGGGAGAGGAGGAGAUGGGGGACAUCUUGGCAACGUGCUGGCACUCGAGUGGCACUCAGUUCCUCACCUCUCAUCAGACGGGGGAGAUAUCAUUCUGGAACCUCAGUGAGAAGGAACGGCCCUUCAUGAUCAAGAGGCUCCAUGAAAAUGCUCGAGUGCAGCCAAUGACCUCAGUGCUCUGGCCAAGUGACAACAUGCAGAUAAUGAGUGGGGGUGCUCCCCUGGACCUGGUAGACGGAGACAGCAUCACCAUAGUGAACGGUGGGGAGACAGAGACGCUGCAACUGACAUCCCCCGUGAAAGGCAUGCACGUUCUCGAGGACCAACAGGCCGACAGAGACUCGGGGAUAGUCAACUAUUCUAACGGAGACGGUGUGGGUAGCACAACCACAAGGAAGAUCCUGGUGCUACUGCUGGAGCAGGAGAUACUCUUUGUUGAGCUCACACUGCCAGACUUACCAGUCCUGCAGCCCCCCUACUUGUACAGCAUGCACAACUCACCCGUGAAGGCGAUACAAGUGUACAGUGACGUGAGCAAGGAGGUGGUACAGACCAUCUCUCAAGUCGGUAGGGUACAGUUGGAGACUAUCUACAGUGCUCAGUGUAAAAUGUGGCCCAUUGAUGGUGGAGUCGUCGACCCUGCCAGGAACGACAACAGAGAGCUACUCAUUUCAGGGCAUGAAGAUGGUACGGUCAAGUUUUGGGACAUCAAAGACAGCAAUAUGUACCUGCUCUACGUGUUGCGUUUAUCUAAAUUCUUCAUCUCUGGAGGAGACUCAGAGUUUUUCCGCUCUACCACUCCGGACAGUGACACUGAAGAUGAGGAGAAAGUGAAGAAACCCAAACAUUUUGGAUUCUGGGACCCCCGUAGUGAUGACGACCAGAUCCAAGUCUCCUGCAUCCAGUUCUACGAGGACAAACUAUUGGUCGGCAUAGAAGCGGGAAUGACCCUGUUAUUCGCCAUCAAUAAUCAGUCUGCCUCCAUCCCAAUACCACAGCACCGUGUCUCCAUCAUGAGGGACGAUCCUCGACAGAGGGGGCGAAACUUCCAAGCCCCUAUGGAUCUGCGAACGGACAAUAUUGAGUGUCCCCCUGGAUUCCAACCCCGCUACUGUGUGGGCAUCUUUCCCAAAGUGCCCGUGACAGCUGUGGCUCUGGCCAAGGACCAGGGAAUGAUUGGAGUUGGGUGCAUGUAUGGCUUCACCAUUGUGGACUACACCAAGAACCAGACCAUUCACGUGCACUGCACCUUCAAUGAGACCUCACCUGACCAAGGUGGAGCCCUCUCUCGUAUGCAGAGUAUCCGCAAGUCAUUCCGACAGUCACUCAAGCGUUUCGAUGUCCGGCGAAGCAUGAGAGGACUGCAAAGUACACAGCGUUCUAUGCGGCCCAAUUUGCAACGCUCUGGGAGCACUCGUCCAUCCAUGAAAAAUCGGACCGGUGGAAUAGGGGGUGGAUCAGGACGUGCGGCUUCAACCGAUGCUUCUGUAGAAGCCACACCCCUCCCACCCAGGAGGGACAUUAUAAAGACUAUCAACUUUACUGCUCCUGUUCAGAUUGGAGGGCACUCAAGGGUUUACUCGAUCCUGGUGGGUACUAACCAGGGCAGUGUCCUCGGAUACUCUGUGGACAUGCCCUCAGGCAGACACAGGGACACUCGGUCCCCCAUCGUCAUGCCAAUCGAGCGUGAGUUCAGCCAAAAGAAGAACCUUGCGGUCAUCUUUGCCGGGGUAGUGGACCACCAGAACUACCUACUAGAUAUCAACGAUGCAGGCAGCUAUCACAGCAGCUCACGGGGCACUCAGUAUUUGGUGGUGGUCACUGAAGAAGGGUUGAAGGUCGCUAGUCUGCCCAACAUGAAGAAGAAGUAUAGAGUCAAACUAAAGCAGAACGAGUCGGACCUGUAUCACAUUGUCUCAGCACAUUACGUCAGGGUGGCAGGUUAUUCUGCGAUUCUUACAAUGGGCAGUGAUGGCUACCUCUCCGUGUUCACUUUACCAGACCUCAAACUAGUCUACAAAGAAGACUGUGUGGAUUCCGCUGAUGCUAUUGGUCAGCGGAACUUCACGAUGGCCCGCAACGGCACCCUCCUCCACCAACGCUCACCCUCUGAGUUCACUCGCGGCUCUAUCACAGAGGAUGCACGGUUGGAGUUUCACUUCUCAUUGCCCACAAAACAUGUGUCUCCUCUUAUGCUCACGCCAAACACUCCAAAGUCGGCAAAUAGAGAGCCCAUCUUCGAAGUCACACAUAUUGAGAGUCCUCGCAAGUCCGUCACUACUGUGGCGUCCACCCCCGACCGUGACCUCCCGCUCCCCACAGACCGUGACCUCCUACCCCCCACAGAUGAGCGAGAUAGCGAUGAGAUAGUCAAGAGCAAGGACCCGCGUCAGCAGCAACAGUUUCAAUUCGAUGUUGGCAGCCCACAAAGCUUCAAAGAAUUCCAAGAGAGAGCUCUUUGAACUAUAUAAAUUUAACGACUUAUAAAAUACAUAUCCUUUUUUAUGAUGCAUUUUUGUCAGUACUAUGCCAGAACAUUGAAUUUUACACUAUAUAUAGAGUAUAUUUUUGUCUCAUUUUUUAACUUCUUA